UUGGAAAGGAGGAACAGAAAACAAAACCUAGCAGGUGACACUAGCGCUUCGGACGCCCAGAGUGCGCCGCAGGUGAGAGCGGCGCCGCCUGCCCCGCGUCGGGCACCUGCUCGUCCAUGAGCUUGCCAAGAUCUGAGCGCCUGCGCUCCGCGCCGCAGCCCGGCCUCCGAAGCUCCGACGGAGAAGUCGGCGAGAUCGACGUCCUGGGAGAGGAGGAUGAAGACGAGCAGCGGGACGAGGAAGACGAGCAGUCGGAAAGGGGCCAGAAGUGCCUAGCGCGGCCGUGCCGGCCAGGGUCGCGCACCCAGGGCAACGGUCCGAGCCACUCCUCGGAGCUGGGCCGCGAGUUCAAGGCACCCACCAGAUGUGCGGCGAGCUCUGGAGACGCCCCGCCGCCGGCGAAGCCCCCCUACUCGUACAUCGCGCUCAUCACCAUGGCCAUCCUGCAGAGCCCGCACAAGCGCCUCACGCUCAGCGGCAUCUGCGCCUUCAUCAGCGGCCGCUUCCCCUACUACCGCCGCAAGUUCCCCGCCUGGCAGAACAGCAUCCGCCACAACCUCUCGCUCAACGACUGCUUCGUCAAGAUCCCCCGCGAGCCCGGCCACCCGGGCAAGGGCAACUACUGGAGCCUGGACCCCGCCUCCCAGGACAUGUUCGACAACGGCAGCUUCCUCCGGCGCAGGAAGCGCUUCAAGCGCCACCACCCGCCCCCGGGAGGCCACCUGCACCACCCCUUGCCUCUGCCCGCGGCUCCCGCCACCCUGCUCGGCCCCCACCCGGGCCUCGAGCUGGGGACCGCGGCCCCGCCUCAGCCUGUCCCCGGGAUCCGCCCGUGCGCGCUGCUGCACCCGCAUCCCCUCCGCUACCUGCUGCUCUCCGCUCCCACCUACGCCGAGGCGCCCUGCAAAGCAGAAGGCGCGGACUUGGGGACCCCCGGACCCUUCCCGCUACCGCCCUCGCUGGGCUCCUCGCCUUGGGAGGAGGGCGAGGGCGAAGGCUCGGUGCCGCGGAGCGGAGGAGGGUGCACCUCCUUCAGCAUCGAGAGUAUCAUGCGAGGCGUCGGCACCGGAGCCACGCAGGGUCUGCCUCCGGUGCCGUGGGGCUACUACCACCUGCUCCAGCGCCCAUCCCGCCUGCUGCAUCCGCAGGCCGCUGCCCCCUUGCUGCACGUGUCCGCUGCUGCCGCCGCCCGGACGAUUUUGCAGCAGCAGCAGCAGCAGCAGCAGCAGCAGCACCAGCGCCAACAGCGCCAGCAGCACCAGCACCAGUACUGUGCCAGUGGCUGUGCUCCCAGCAAAGGCGCGCUGCUGGGUCGCCACUUGUCCGCCGUCGCGGCCCUGCUGAGGUACCCGCCGGCUCCUGACGGCUCCAGGCUGACAGCGUUGGCCGCCCCUUCGGGCCGAGAGGGGUCCUCGCCAGCCUUUUGAGUCACACUCACACCUGUCCUGCAGGCCGACUCCGCCCGGGGCACCUGGAGCCAGGGAGAAGGGGCUCCCCGCCCUGCAGUCCCCACGGUCCAGCUCUUCCGCGCCCGCACCUUAAGCCUGAGCAUCUAAAUGUGGCCAGCGGAGCAGCCACGGAUUUCUGUUUGAAUCAAAAUAGUUACAAAGGAACAGUUGUAUUCUAUUCUCUUAAAGAAACGUGAACGUAGUAAAGGCCUGGGCCAUCACCUUCCCUUUUCCUGCUUCAGCCAUGGCUUCUGCAGCUUUUCCGAUAUGCACAUUUCCCAAGGAGCUAUGAAUCAGAGCGGGGCAUUCUGGUGUGGUAUUCGAAGAAAAACAAGGCAAACACAGUCUCCAAUACGAAGCAUGUUUCU